CGAACUCGAACAUGCUGCAAUUAAUGAGCGAACUAAUCAAGUUUCCCUUUUCCAAUCAAGUUGAAUUGCUUCUUUCCUUUUCGGGUUAAGUUUCCUUUCGAUCUCUCUUACCUAUCUCUAUAUAUAAAUACAUUGUGUCCUUUAAAUUAAUUAUUCUUCAAAAUUAAGGAAAUUGAGUCUUUCUACGGAGUAUUAUGCAUCGAUCGUCAUAUACUUUCUGGAACGUGACAUUUUGAUCAAUGAAUUGAUUUUUGAGAUUCUGACUCGAUCAACUCUAACAGCGAUAGAUAAAUGUAAGGCUGUGAGUAAGGAGAUUAAGGAUCUCAUUGAAGAUUCAUGGUUCUCCAAACUAUCAAAGACUUCCGCUACGUGCAGUGCAUACAUUCGGGAUUCGGAUCCUUUGCCAUAAGGUAGAGUGCCUUGCCGCAUAGGAUGGCAGGGAGGGGACGAGAACGAUCUGGAGAUCGGGGAAGGGGUGGAGCCCAAGAUCUUUGACUGUCAAAUUUCCGAUCAAACGGCCCGGAAGAACCGGGCACCCUACCUUGCUUUAAAGCAAGGCAGAGGCCCCGGAUCCCAUACAUUCGUGCCCGUUGACCCGUCAAUAAGUCCGAAUAUGUCUCUUGAAUCCUUGAAAGACCUACGGAUCUUGGUGUCUUUUAAUUAUGGACUUUUGUGUUGUAGAAGGUACGACGGGCAGAGGCAGGGCUUUGAACCAACUGUUGCUUUGAUCGUCCUUCCCUUACAUUACAAAGUCAUCAGAUUUGCAUCUAGUCGUCGUCAUCUUGAACCACGACUGUCACCAAAGCCGAUUUCUGUCCUUCCUGACCAGUCGCCCGCUGGAAAAAUGAAAAUGGAGUCUUGGGUUCCUCUUUUCAAUAUUUUCUUGAACUCGACAUGCCCAGAAACCGACGCCUCUCUGUGGCUCCAACAAUCUUUCAAGCUCGCGUCUCCAUCCAUAUCAACAACUUCUUUCAUUUCACUACUUACAAGGAAUAUUGACGUCAAUAUCGUAGACCCUCCAUCUCCAUCAAACCACACAAAAAGUGUUAUGUGGAUAAGGACGCUGCCCGAUGCAGUUCAAGCUCGCAUACUGUCGUUUCUUUCAUAUGAGAGCGGAAAGUUCCGUAAAAGAGACCUGUGUAGUCUGGCUGAGAAGACUUUGCGUGACGGAUUGGAGCUUGAUUUCUGGGUAAAGAGCGCUGCACAGCAGCUGCUUGAUGUUGUGUCUGACUCAAAAUGUGAGCGGGCUUCUUGCUCAGAAUUGGAGGAUGAAUUUGGAUCUUUGCCGGCUUGGCUUAAAGAUGUUGCUGGUAAGAGUGAUAAGGUUCUUCCAUGGCUGCCAAUAUCCCGGAAUGAACUCAUUUCAAGAAUGCAAUUCAGUAGUUCCAGUGAAAAUGAUGAUUUGGUUGUUGAAAUUGAAGAGGACAAAGAAGAUAAUUUAGAUGAAGUAAUGGAAGAAGGCAGCGUCAGCUCUUCUGAAGAUGAUGCUUCUUUAGAUCCCGGAGUGGAAAAAAUGGCAGCUUGCCUGAAACUCAAGAUACUAAACUCUGAAUCUACAUUUCAUACAAUAGAAAUGGCCAGGGAAAUACAACGGCUUACCAAAGGAGGAGGGAAUGAUGCUUUGGCGAUUUUAAGCUUGAUUGAACCCUGGAAGGCAGAUGAUGAGACAGUCUCUAUUCUAAUUUCCCACCUGGUGGGUGAAAAGGAAGAUGAGCAUGUUUGGUCGAGUUUUAUUCUCUGCUCAUUUGUUCUCCCCAAACUUUUAGAGCUCCACGAACCUGCAUCUCGAGUGCUGAUAACAGCAAUUGUGGAAUACUGCAAGGUUUAUCAGAAAGCGGCGGAGUAUGCUCUGUUGCUUCCAUUGAUGCUAAAAAAUGGAGGCAUAAACAAUCCGAUUUGUGAUGUUAUUACUAGGAUCGUGAAGGAAUGUCUGCACCCUGGUCAGGCUUCAUCCCUCUGUCAGAGACUCAUAUGUGAACAGGAAGUUGACCCUAAGUUAAUUUGCCUUCCGUGUCACCAAUGUUUGAUUGGCAGUGAAAUGGUAUGGACAGAAUCAUUAUUUGUUUUGAUGCAAAAUAUUCUAAACCAUGACAUUCCUUUGACUCAAGACUCGGUUGACCGAUUGGUUUAUUGCGCUUGCGAGUGUGCCCGAAAGUUCUCCAAGUCUUUGAAGUUCUGCAACUUUUUGUUAUGUUUGGUAAACAAGUGUGGACCUCUGUUAAAGACACAGAAAGUAGCUUUGAUGGAUGCUGUUUCACAUACCAGCACACUUGUAACAAAAUCAAUACUAUCAAAGUUAUCUUCCUUGUGAAUGAUGAUGCUUUUCAAACCAUGUAUAACUAUUGGACUUCCCUUCUCAUCCUUUCUCCAAGAACGGUAUGAUGUCGGGCUGUUUAAUCUAAGAUCACACCGUUGAGAGUUUUCCCGAUCUCACACUUUAACCCCAGUACCCCACCAUAACUGUAUGGUCUCAGGCCAGAUGAAUAAAAGGGAUAAAUAAUGACAAAAGAUAAGGUCUACGCCUUCUAUUGAUAUUGCUAUCACUGUUCAAAGUUGCUGUCAUCUUUUUUGUUUAUUACAGACACACAUAUAUAUCUACCCUGUUAGAUUCAUUAACAAAACAUCUUUUUGGUAAUGUGUCUCUCUCUAAGUGUGCAUGUGCAUGUUUGUUAGCCCAAGAACACAAAUAGGAAUGAUAACAAGAUCCGCAAGGAAUAUAAGAGAUCACGUUAGUUAGCUCUACAAGCCAUUUGGAUGGGCCUUCCUUUGUGCCCCCCCCCCCCCCCCCCCAUGGGCAUUGUUGGCCAAUACAGCAACACAAGUCAUCCACUUCUAUUGUCAUAUAGCAUAGCGGAGUAACAACUUGAAGUUCAAUUACUCGCUCACUCUCUUAUACUUGUCCCUUAUCCCCAUCAUAUUUCUCUGGACUAGCUUGCAGAUGAGAAUAGUUUCUACUUUCAAUUUGUAUCUAAAGCUUUCUGAAACAUAAGGAAAAACCUUCCAUCUUGCUUUGCAGAGACUGAGAGACCUAAUAAACUACCAACUUCACCUCAUAAGAAAAGUAUGAGGCUGAUUGACAUAGCAUAAGGGUUUUAGGCUUCUAGAGAAGGCAACUACUUUCAAGCAAGGACUUUCUCACAUGGGAUAGCUUGAAUUUAGCCAGUUCUAUUUUCAGAAAUCCAGAUCUGUGUCCAACACAUUAUGUGGCACACCCUUCUGGAUUAAGGGUUCCUUACCAGUUACCAAUUCUAUACACACAAACAAGUUACAUUAUAUUACCCAUAGGCCAUAGCUAAUUUCAGGAAUUCACUUCCUUCGCCUUCAAAGCCAUACCACUACAAUCUUAUUGAACCACAAAAAUCAAAUCCGAAAUGAAAACGAAUGCAUGCUAAAAAAUGGACAAAGAUUACAUUAAUAAUCACAUAAACACUAAAAACGUCCUGCCUUCUUAGGGAUCAAUGGAAGUAUUGGCUUUCAUAUUGAUUAAUGAAAUCCGAAAAUGAAAACGGAUGGGUGCUAAAAAAUGGACAAAGAUUACAUUAAUU